CCUCAUCACAUACAAAAUAUAAAACUUCAAAUAGAAAUCACAUCCGGGGAGGAAUAACUUAAGCCAACAGCUCACUUUAAAAAAAAAUCGAUAAUCACUGGCAGUAAAAAGAACCUUUUGGUACGAUCAACGAAAAAUUUUUAAGUGCUACGAUCAAAGUGCACCCAGGUUACCGUCUUAGCAAAUAGCUCGUUCGUUUCCGAAACAGAUAACCUUUUAUUGUGGGACAGAAAUUUUGGAAAGCCUUUCUUCUGUUCGUGCACUUCCUCUGCACUUUCGUCUACGUAAUUGCCACUGUACCCUGCAAUCGAUAAUAAUGUUUCUUACCUGCUAAACCUUUCGAAAGUGGCGAAAAUAUGUUUACAAGUAGUUCAGUUAUACAAUCGCCUUCGAACGAUUCAGAUCCUGCAGAAAGAGCAAAAUGGCAUGCAAAACAGUCGCGCUGAUCGUUCUGAUCUUGAUAGAUUUAGUUCGAGCAGCUCCCACGUGGUACAAUCAAGAAUCGUGGAACUAUGCCCCCGAGCUGACCUACAAGGAUUAUCUGAAAAAGGUCGGAGCGUAUCCGCGGAUCUUCCGCUAUGGGACCCAAGCAGAUCCGGUCUACCAAGGUGACUACAGCAAUUGGUUCGAUCCGUAUCCCAGCUAUCAGCCAGCAGUAGUGCAAGGACCAUCUCAGUACGGUGGGCAGGACAGUUGGUGGCAGGACGAUUGGAACCGACCGGGUUAUAUUCGGUAUAAUGAUGAGUAUGAACAGCAUGCCCUGCAGCAGGCUCAGCAGAUGGAACAGGAAGUGGCGGAUAUAUUGUGGCGGUGGUGAAUGUGGGUAUGUGGAUAUCGGUGAGUGAAGUUUUAAGCUAAUUGAUUGUACAAAAUUAAUUUAUGUGGAUGAAAUAGUGAAAAAGUAUUUAUAAAUAUUGUUUAUUUUAUUAAGAAAUAUGAUAAUUUAU